UAGUUGUGACAAAAGUGUCUCUGUAUUGGUGCAACGGUUUUCCCCCACAAACAGCAAAGGCUAUAUAGCCGACACCGUUAAGAAUUUCAUCUUCAGAACUAAAAGUCAGUGUCAAGGAAAUCUACCUUGAAUACUCAUAAGAUGAAGUAUUACCAAUUUUUAUCGCUUUGUUCGUGCCUACUCAUUUUUGGGCAAGCUUUCUCACUUCCUCAACAUGUUGAUCACUACCAACAAAAAGCAGUCGACUCUCGUAAAUUUGCUGAAAAACCAAAUUCAUUAAAGAAAGUUGGACUGGAUGACAUUGAAGAAAUCAGCACAAAUCAGAUUCAGGAAGGUGGAAAUACAGGAUUUUCCUGGUCGAACAUGCUUAGCAUGCUAAUGCAAAUGUUGCUAGGCCAAACGUCUGGAAUAACUGGUCCCAGUAAGAACGAAAUUGAUGAAGUCACUCCUAGUCCAUGGGCGAAUCUUCUAUCAGUUGGUUUGAGAGUUCUAACUGCCAUUUUAGGUGGUCCACAACAAACUGUCGACGGAAUUGAUAAAGUUGACAAUCAAAGUAGUCCAAUGCAGCAGUUCAUAAGUAUUGUCCUGAAUCUUUUGGACGCACUAAAAACAUCGUUUUCACAUCGUUCAUUAAGUGCUCGCUCAAUUGGAAAAAGGGACACCGUAUCCGAGGCAGCAGUAGCAUCCAUCUCAAUGUUAAAAGGUUACGUAAAAUCUAUGAAGUCAUUUGGAAAUUUGGCAGUAGCUGAAGAAGAAGGACAACGAGGAUGUGCUGAACGAGCAUUAUGCGAGGCCAGUGCUGAAUGUAUUGCGAACGCACAAGGAACAAGUUCUAUCUUUUGUCAAUUAGGAUCAUAUGCAACGAGUUAUCUUCUUCAAAGACAAAGUGGUAUCGGUUUUGACGCACUCUAUGCAGCCGGCAGACGUGGACGAUCUGGUGAAGACUGUAGAUCACUAUUUGUAGAAUGCAACGCUGUUUAAUUAUUCAUUUAACGUUAUACAUUAUUCUAGCUCUGCAUAGGUAAUUAAAGAAUUAACCGUGCGAAUACUCACCACUUGCAUAAAGAACUAUUUUAAAAAUGUUCUAUAAGAAACAUUCAACAUUCCUAAAAACUACAAAUUUAAAAAAUUUUAACACAACACGCGUUGCCUAAUAUUUUUUAUAAAACUCCUUUCUAUCAGUCAUGUGCAAGUGAAGAGUAUUCGCUAGAAAUUAAUUUGUUUUUACAUAAAAAAUUAUUCAUACACUAAUUCAGUCAAUGCAGUUCUCGACUUCAAGAAACAACCAAAGUGAAGUACUCAAUUAUUGCCAAGUACCUAAUUAUUCAUUUCAAUUUUUUAAAACUAAAAACUCACAAUAUUCAGGACACAUUUUUAACAUUAUUUAUUUGUACAUUUCAUUUAUUUAAAAGUUUCUUUUUUUGACAUUAAAAUACUUAAUCGCAAUAAUAAGAAUAUAACGUGUGUUAAUUAAAAGCUUUUUUUUAUGUAGACAAAUUACAUUUGACUUGGAAAAUUAUUUCACUAUGUUUCUCAUAACUCAAGUUAGAAUUAAUUUUUUCCAGAACUGAUUUGUAAAAUGAUGUUUGUCAUGUGGAAUUUUCCAUUUAUAAUAUGUAUACAUCAUUGAUGCUAUGUAGGACUAUUAUGUCUUAUUUAUGUUAUGUUAUUACCUACUAUUAAAGUAAACUUGUAAAUAUUUAUUUAAGUUUAGAAGAGAUAAUAAAAGCAUUCUUUGUUCUAAA